GGAUCGGUGGCAAUUUGGUGGCCAUUCAGGCUAGCAGGAUUUCUACCUACCUCCAUUUACAUAGCAUCCCUGGAGAACUACCUGAAGAGCCCAGAGGCUGCUCCUACCCAUUUAGGACUUUUUUUGGUUCAGGAGUGAACAAUAAGUCUGCCCAGGUUCUCAUGCUCUUCGUGGUCCCGGGCCACUUGAUCUUCCUGUACACAAUUCACCUGAUGAAGAGCGGCCACACCUCUCUGACUGUGGUCUUUGUUGUCGUGUAUCUGCUUGCUGCUGUGCUGCAGGUGUUCACCCUGCUGUGGAUCGCUGACUGGAUGGUCCAUCGCUUCUGGAGGAAAGGAAAGGACCCAGACAGUUUCUCCAUCCCGUACCUGACAGCACUGGGCGAUCUGCUUGGGACUGCUCUGCUGGCCUUGAGCUUCCAUUUUCUCUGGCUUAUUGGAGACCGAGAUGGAGAUGUCGGAGACUAAUGACACCUACAAGCUGUCGUGGGGUCACACAGGCAGCCAUUGCUGCCCCUCCCCAAAGCUCUUCAUCUGUCCUGUGACUUCUGCCAGGGUAGUCUGCAGUUCACCCUGACUCCAUAAAUGGCCUUAACGAACUUUUUAAGGAAUUUGUGCCGAAACCACAAUGAACGGUAUUUGUGCUGCUUUUUGUAGAAUAAAUAAUUUGACACAGACAUAGA